CAGCAUCUCCCCAGAAACCAGCAAUACUUCCCCAUAAACCAGCAGCAUCUUCCCAGAAACCAGCAAUACUUCCCCAUAAACCAGCAGCAUCUCCCCAGAAACCAGCAAUACUUCCCCAUAAACCAGCAACACCUCCCCAGAAACCAGCACUUCAGCCACAACAGUGCCUUGCAACAGUGCAACACCCCCAGCCAACUCCUUCAGUUGCUUCAUCUAUUCCCCACCUUAGGCCUCCGGAGGUGAAUUGGGUCAGCUUUCUUCCCAAGCAGUUUUUGCGGGUCAUCAAGCCAGCAGACCAGCAAUGGAUUGCACAGUGCCUUUAUAAUUCUACUGGACAGUUUAAACAACACUUCUCACAAAACUGGUUUCAUCCACCCUCUCUACCAAAGAUAAUGAAUGCACCUCCAGAUCCCCUGGUCUACUUCAGGCAGAGGAUGUUUUUAUGGGCACCUAUGCGGAUGUGGGGUAUUUCUCUUAAGUGUCAUCAAUGCAACACCAAGAUGCAUCACUCUGGGAUCUACACAAAGGUCAGAGAAGUUAUAGAUCUUGAUUCAAGAUAUUAUUUGAUUGGGGGAGAUUAUCCACGGUGCAGUAAAUGCAUGAUUCCUGUUUGUCCAUGGAGCACAGAGGUGCUAAAUCAGUUAGAUCCUGCCCAUAGAAACAGGUUUCCAGCCAUUCUCACCACACAACUGGCUCUGGACAAAAGGUGUGUGACUUUGCUGAAACCACGCACUGUUGGAAAUAGCUCCAGUUACGUGCAGCAAGCAUUAGAAGAACUGCACAGUGAGGAGUGGGCAAAACGCACCAUCGAUUAUCUGACUGACUGUGAGCUUCACAAGAAGAAGAGCGCGUUAAGUAGGAUCCAUGAAGUGGUCUAUCAGAAUCCACCAGAGUUUAGCCCCCUUCCUCUUGCACAGUGGUUUGAGACUGUGCAUGCCAAUGAAAUACUCUGUCACUUGUCCGAGAUGAAGGGUGUCAUCACGUCAACAUAUGGAAGGAUUUUAAAGCUUGAUUCAACCAAAAAGAUCACCAAGAAACUUGCUGGUGGAAUUUCUGAGACCGCUACAUGGAUGACAAACAUCACCAAUGAAUAUGGCCAGGUUCUGAACUGUGUGCUGACCACAGGUGAAGGAGCAGGGUUGGAGGAACUGUGCCAAGGAAUUGUCAUGCGCUUCCGGAAUGCUGGGGAACCAGAGCCACAAAUCCUUUAUGUUGACAGAGACUGCUGUAGUGAAUCAGGUGUGCCUCCAGUGCUUGAGUGGUUUCGACCAUGGAAAACUAAAGUGAGGCUUGACAUCUUUCAUUACAUGAGACGAUUCACAACCGGUCUCACCACAGAACAUCAUCCUCUUUAUGGAACUUUCUGCUCCAAGCUGUCCUGCUGCAUUUUUGAAUGGGAUCAAGAUGAUGUCAGCUGCCUUAAAGAAGCAAAGAGGUCAGAGCUGAAGAAAAAUAUACUGGUCAUCCUCCCACUGACGCCCAAGUUUUGGCCAACAUUAAUUCGAGUGAGCUUGCUAAACAUUGCAGAAGAAGGACAAGAGGGGUAGAAGAAACCCGGAACCUCAUUCAGGAAUUAUUAAACUCCAUGUGGGAACUGACUGACACCUCAGGUCUCCGCCUGAUCAACCCUGAGAGCAUGACUCAUGUGUGGCAAGUGCAGCAGAAGCACCUGCCAUGCAUCCAAGAUCCACCUGGCGUUGAACUGUACACCAAGCUUCGCUCAACACAAAAGGGAGACAAAGAAGUUCAAACCUUCAGAUGUAGCAGGGGCUCGUCUUCAGUUGAAAGCUUUCAUCGACACCAGUGCUCCUUCAUACCAGGAUGGAGAAGCAAUGCCAUGCACACUCAAAUGUAUAUGCUUGAGGGUGGAUCCAGAUGGAACAUGAAAAGAACCCAAGAAGCUUUAGAUAUGAGUC